AUGCUCUUCAAUCUAAACGAAGAGGGAGUACAAUCUUUAUAUCAUAAUUUAUAAAACACCCCAACUUAUUAAUGUUUCCUCACCCCGUCUACUAAUAAUAGUAAUAGCAAGUCAAUAUCAUACGGAAGGCCUUCAGAUGAGGAUUUUCCAGACUCCGUAUAGCCAUCUGAUUGCUACCGGGACUUACCUGAUGAUUCCAAGAUGCCGCUACGAAUCCAAUAAGCGAUCAAUUUUUCAAAAAUUGAAACUUGCUGCACUUCAUAACAACAGGAUGAUCAUGAGGUAAUUAUUUCAACUAUUUAAUUGAUAACUCUUUAGACAGUAAGCUUGGCAGACAAAGUCCGAAUGGCUAUUAACGAGUAGAAAAAGGAAAAGAAUCAGAGAAGCUAAAUGUUCAUAUCGCCAUUUGAAUUAAAUAAGAAAAUGAAAUCUGUCAUCUAAGAUAAUUAUCAAGAUCGCAAGAUCUCUGCAGAUAAUAUCUCAGAUGUCUCCCUUGAACACUAAAAAUCAGAUGAUACGUUAUUGUAGCCAAGAAUUCGACCAGCAAACGGUAUAAAGUUCAGCAAAAGCGCGGCUUCUAUUACUAAUCAUGAUUAAUGCAUCAGCUAGAGUGGUUAUGCUACUCCUACUUCUCCAACAAGUACCCAGAACAAAUUAGUACUUUCCGAUUUACAAAUAAUUUCUGUGGCUGGUUAAGGUGCCUUCGGAAAAGUCUUUAAAGUUUCACAAAAGUUACGCAGACAUGAGAGCUCUAGUAAUAUAUAGCAAGAAUCUGAUACUAUUUCUAAUUCUGAGAUAGAUUUGAAUUAGCUUAAAACUAAUGGGGCAAACUUUGAAUAAUCUUCUGGUCUUUAGACAAGCAGAUAUUACGCUUUGAAAGUCAUUGAGAAAAAGCUUAUAAUGCUUGAAGAAAAAUAGCAUGAAGUACACAUUGAGAAAAAUGUUCUUACCUAUUUGAGAAAUUAAUCUAUUAUUAAGUUCUAUCAAUCUUUCUAAGACUAAUUAAAACUUUAUCUACUACUCGAAUAUAUACCGAAUGGUUCACUAUUUGACCUACUCAAGAGGGAGAAAUACUUAUCUAAGAAACUAUGCUAGCAUUAUUCAGCUGAGAUAGUCCUAGCUCUAGAAUACCUAAGGCAAAAAUAAAUUAUUCAUAGAGAUCUUAAGCCAGGAAAUAUACUUUUAGACGAGAAAUAUCAUCUUAAAUUGAUAGAUUUCGCUACUUCAAAAAUUCUUAAUCCUGAACUUGCCAAAAAGAUACCGAGAAAAAAAUCUUCUUAAUAAGAAUUUUUCGGUAGAUAGCAAGAUUUGUAACAAUAGUAACUUGAUAAAGAGUAUCAAGAAAAAAGAAAUUACUCUAUGGUUGGAACAGAGGAAUAUGUUGCCCCUGAAAUUCUUAAGAAGUUAGAUCCGACAUAUUCAGCUGAUCUUUGGAGUUUAGGCAUUAUAAUAUUCCAAUUAUUCACUGGAAAGACCCCAUUCAAAGGAUUAAGUGAGUAUGUAACUUUCGAAAACAUUUUAAAGCAAUAAGAAAUAGAUUUUCCAUUAAACAUACCCGAAGACGCAAGAGAUCUUAUUACUAAAUUACUUAAAAAGAAUCCAGAGGAGAGAAUUGGGGCUUUCAAUUUAGAAGAGUUAAAAAAUCACAAGUUCUUUGAGGAAAUUGACUUCAAAACACUUUUUUCUGUGCAAGUUCCCUACAAAGUGCCAUCAGUGGUAAGAAGCCCAAUAUAUUCUUCCUCUUUUAUUUCAAACGGAGGAGAUAUGAGUCCAGUUACCAGAUAGAAAGAUUGCAAAAGCGUCAAUGAUGUUUCGACAGAAAGAAACGGAGAAAUUGACGAUGAUGUAAAAUCAUCUGAGAUAUCCUAUUCUGAUAUUAAUUUCAAUGGAAUUAAUAUGGGUAAUCACUCUUUUGAUAUUGCUGAAAAUCAAAGCAAUUAAAAGAAGCGACAAAGUCGCAAGCGGUCUACAAGUUACCAAGACUUUACAGUUGGUGGUGACAAUCAAGAUGAGGAUUGUCCUAUCCUCAAGACAGGCCUUGUGAAGAAAAAAGGCUUGUUAUUUUAUAACAAUAGAAUCUUGACCCUUAAUGCGAAAGGAAUACUUUCGUAUACUGAUCCAAAGAAUUUAGAUCAAAUCAGAGGUUACAUUGAUCUUAAAAACAAAGGUAUCUUUGUUAAGAUCCUUGGAAAGUCCAGAAAUCAUAUUGAAAUUACAACCAAAGAUGACAAUUAUUUAUUCAAGGAAGUAAAUAAGGGCAAUAAUGAUAUGAAAUACUGGGAACUUGAGAUUAAAAAGUUUGCAAAGAUCAUCAGAUGCUGA